AUGUUUGAUGUGAGUUAUAUUGAUAGCAUCAGCAAUGCCUACUUCAACAAUGCGUCACAUGUCUGCAUUGAUGGAUAUCAGUAAGUCUGAGAGGGUAAAAAGUGUUUUAUACAAGCUAUAUAAGCAGUGUCGUGUUUUCCAAUUUCAGCGGUAAUGAUGGAACAGUGUGCCUCAGGAAAACGACUGGAAUUGGAGUUGGAUAUACAAUGUUGGCGACAAGCACAGUUCUUUUACUUUUAGUCAUCAUUUUUGCCUGUAAAAGUAAGUGCUGAUUUUUUAUUUUUGUAUAGAGAUUUGUCAGCAAACUAGAUCACAUUAUAUCUGUAGGGCAUCACGUAUUUUACCAUCUUCAACAUGCCAUGCUUUGCUAAGUGGGCGUUAUAGACAUGAAGCCCGAAAAAACGUUUUUUUCUGACCAUCUCUCCUCGUUUUCUAUGGUCUCGCGCAUACGUUAAAUAACUCGGUCAUUUGUGAUAGUUUUGAGCCAACUUUUUCAUGGACAGAUUAGUAACCAAUGUCAUACAUUCAUGAAGAUUUUCCUGAGGAUUGAAGCUUUGCAACUCUAGCAAUUCACACAUAAAUAUGAAGGCUUUUCUAUAAGUUUUGACUAGUCGAAACGUGCUUUACAGUGUCUUGAUCCGGUCUUUAUCUAAGCAUGGCUCAUUUUCAGAGCGCUGGUUCAACGUUCUCUUCAAAUCGCCGCCUCUCCAACACGAUGAAGCCAUGUUCUUAAUCGACGUCGAAGCCGAAGGCUUUCUGGAUCCCCAACACAAUUCAACCUCCCGGUUAUAA